AUGGGGCUGGUGGCGCUUCCGGACCUGGCAGGAGUCUGGGAGGAGAACUCCCCUGCAGAUCAGGCAGCUACUCGGGAGACCAGCCCGGAGGCUUGGUGCCUGCUGAACUGUCACGUCUACAUUGCUCCCUCCGGCCGGGGUGUGAAAAAGAUAAACCACCUUCUGGGUGACACGGCUACCCGGCCUCACCCGCAGCGUAGUGUUCGGGGAGGCGGUGGGGUCAAGCGACAGAGGGACAGACAGGCCUCCUCCGCCACAGGGUUCUGCCGGCCCAGUGUCCAUAGUGCCACCGUGCCCCGAGAGAGAACGGGCAGCACGGGGCAGGCCGGGAACCUGCCUCCUGGAGCAGAGCUGCCAGUUCAGCCCAAGGUGAAAGUUUCCCCCACGAAAUCGGGGUCCCAGCCCCACCCCCACCUGCUGGUUUGCUCGGUGACGGGGUUUUACCCCGGGGGGAUCGAGAUCAAGUGGCUGAAGAACGGGCAGGAGCAGACGGCCGGGGUGGUGUCCACGGAGCUGCUCCAGAACGGAGACUGGACCUUCCAGAUCCUGGUGAUGCUGGAGAUGAGCCCCCGGCGCGGGGACGUCUACACCUGCCAGGUGGAGCACGUCAGCCUGCGGGGGCCCCUCGCCGUGCACUGGGAGGCGCAGUCCGACUCCGCCAGGAGCAAGAGGCUGACGGGGGUCGGGGCCUUCGUGCUGGGGCUGAUCGUCCCGGCGCCCGGACUCCUCACCUGCCCGAGGACUAAGAAAGAUUAUGUGUUUUAUGACUUUUAA